AUUUCAUAUUUUACUCUACUGAGAAACCUUAUUCUAAAGCAGAAAAAUGGGUGAUCAUAAGAUAGUUGAAGAAGAUCAUCAUAGUCGUAGUGAUCAGAUUUUGCUUCUUACAUAUCCUUCGUCGGCAUUGUACUAUGUUCAAAGCCCAUCAGACCAUAGUACUAAUACUGAUUGCCGAAACAAUGAGUUGGCUUUCAUAAGUUCUCCUUAUGGAUCUGAUGAUAAGUACACCUCAACCAAUGCUCGUAAUUCAGUACACGGCCAAGAUGUGUCUCGAUCCUUACUCUCACGUUAUUCGUCUUCUCGUGGCUCGAAUAAUUCUUUCGUGCAUGAGAAAAAGAUUACGUACGGAGCUAACGAAGAUUUUCAUGAGAAAAAUACAGGUAUGGACGAGAUAGAUGAAGAUGAUGAUGAUCCGUGUUUAACACUCUGCGAAAAGAAACAGAAAGAUCAACAUCAUCACGAAGAAAGAAAAUGUUGUGAGAUCGAUGAUGAUUUUUAUGACGAUGAUGAUUUUUAUGAAGAUGGCCGGAGAACUGGAUUUUGGAGACUGUUCUCGUUUGACACAUAUAACUCAUGUUGGUGGACUUUGAUUCAAAUAUUCUGGAGAAUUUUAGUGGCCAGGAUUCCAAACUUUCGUCUGAGUGAGGGUGUGGAUGCGUCUGGUGUGACCACAAAAAUCCUCAAUUGUAACUGUUCACUGGCCUUGGAAGUCGACAACAGGUCAAAACUCUUUGGUCUUCAUAUCCAUCCUUCCACCAUCCGAAUGUCCUUUGGUCCUCUCAUUUUCGCGACGUCAAGGCCUACAACCAAGGAUUUUAAAUUAUAUGCAGCCGAUGAUACGUUAACAAAGUUCAAAUUAUAUAUUGGAGCAAAGAAUAAAGCGAUGUAUGGAGAUGGGCGAAGCAUGCAAGACAUGCUUGAAUCUGGAAAAGGAUUGCCAUUGGUGAUUAAAAUAAACUUAAGAUCUAAUUUUAAUGUUGUAUGGAACUAUGUUAAACCUAACUUUAGUCAUUAUGCAGAGUGUUAUUUAUUAGUACAUGGUUCUUAUGAUAAACAACAUCGAACUCAAGCUUAUAAUAACUACUGUAAAACUAUAACUACUACUUUAUGAUUAUUUUUACAUGUACCUCAGGAUAUGAAGGAAGACAUUAUUGUCGGUUAUUAAGUUAUAUAUACUAUGAAUUACUUUUAAAUCGUAAAAA